GGGCAUGGAUAACUUGGAGAGAAGGAUAUCAAAUCUGUUCAUUGCCCAUAUCGUAAAAACGGAAAGACUCAUUUGGCGCCUUAUUUAAGAACUUUGACUUGGCUUUUUCAAAUAACCAGUGUCGGAUUGUUUUGCUGUUAUUGCAGUAUUGCUGUGGGAAUUGCAUCGUUAUGUUGACCGGUUCACUUGCGUAAAUUCGUACCUGAAGCCAAUUGGAUAGUUUUGGCUCAACACUAACUCCACCAUUAAGCAUAAGACGUUCUAAUGCAACCUUGAAGUCCUGGAGCUUCAUGAGGUCGAUGCAUCUUGCGGCGCCGAACUAUUCUGGAGCUCAAGUAGCGAGGGACGUGGGGGGGAAGGGGGGGCCGCUGGUUGUUGUGUUUCAUGGCUUGAGGCCACGACUCUCGUUAGCUCCCCUGGGGCAACCGACAUCACAUUCUUAUGCACUCUACUACCCUAUGCUGUCUGUCAAGGGGCCUUUUAUGAUAAACUCACAAUGCCGCAGUCAAUGAGACCAAAGGUCACCCUAGUGGCGGAAUCCGCAGGGAAUGGAUUCACCAGGCCCUUUCGUAGGCGCCUCAACCGCCGUGCUGUGGUCAGCGUGGCAAGCCAAUUCACGCCUCAUACCGGCGAGACCCCGGAAACCCACUUCCCACUACAGACCGUCAACCGCCUAAGCCAGCCUCGGUUCAUCAAUCGGUACGAUAGUAAGGAGAUAUUGGUAGUCGUCGAUGGGAGCUGUCUCAACAACGGUAACACGAGCUACUCAGAUGUGCCCUCGUCCGGUGGGUGUAGCUUUAUCUACAAGGGAGGGGGCACACGGGGUCCGGCAACCUCGUACCCCUUUCUGCAGGACGGCACCGAGGUCGGCGGCACGAUCGGGUUCCCGCUGGAGCACUGCGGCCCGGGCGGCGAGCUGCACGACCCGACGAGCAACCGGGCCAAGCUGCGCGCCGUCAUAGCCGCGCUCGAGUUCCGGCCGUGGCAUGUGGAGGGCUGGCAUCGGAUCGUGAUCGCAACAAACCUCAAAUACGUCGUCGACGGCGCCGUGUCCUUCAUGCCGCUCUGGGUUCGGCGCCGCUGGCGUUCGGCCCGGGGAGGGAGGCGCAUGGUUGCGAACCGGGAUCUCUGGGAGGAGCUCCACGGCGCUAUAGAAAACCUGCGGAAGCAUGGGACGGAAGUGUCGUUCUGGCUCAUCACGAGGAAGGACCCGGCUAAGAAUUCCGAAGUCGUCCAAGAUGCGAGGAAUGCGGCGCAGGAAGCUGCCUGGCAGUACGACGAAGCUGCGAUAGAGUUUACGAGAUUAUGUGGCAUUCAUCUCUGAUUUGGGACCUGUGCCUGAAAGACCCUUCAUUCCAACCAAAAAUGUAUUAUAAGAUAGGCUCUCGUCCUGAAGGGUAGCAGCAUGUACAAGCGUACGCGCACCGACGGCUGAUGGCCGACCAACGACGCGUACAAAUAAUGGCAGUGGGUGAACCCAGGUCACGGACGAGCAUCGAGCCGCAGAAAAGACCCUGUUUGGCGCCGUUGACAACAACGGGUGCUGGCUGACAUUAUUUUUGGCUUCGUCGCAAACAGCAAGAAUAAUUUUCUAAAGCCGAGGUCACGAAGUUAUCG